UCCCUACUCUAGGUGUCCUAUGUGAAAGCCAUUGACAUUUGGAUGGCAGUUUGCCUGCUCUUUGUGUUCUCAGCCCUGCUGGAAUACGCUGCUGUUAACUUUGUGUCUCGGCAACACAAAGAGCUGCUCCGAUUCAGGAGGAAGAGGAGACAUCACAAGGAAGAUGAGGCCGGAGAAGGCCGCUUCAACUUCUCUGCCUAUGGGAUGGGCCCAGCCUGUCUUCAGGCCAAGGAUGGCAUCUCAGUCAAGGGCACCAACAACACCACCACCACCAACCCCCCUCCCGCACCAUCUAAGUCCCCAGAGGAGAUGCGAAAACUCUUCAUCCAGAGGGCCAAGAAGAUCGACAAAAUAUCCCGCAUUGGCUUCCCCAUGGCCUUCCUCAUCUUCAACAUGUUCUACUGGAUCAUCUACAAGAUUGUCCGUAGAGAGGAUGUCCACAACCAGUGAAGGGUCUGGGAUGUGGGGGGAGGCUGGGAGAGGGCGGAGUGGAAAUAGCACAGGAAUCUGAGAGCCUAAGGAAGAGAAGGGGAAGAGAGGGAGAGAGCACACAUACACAACUCUCUUUCUCUGCAAUAAGUGCAAUAGCAAAAUGCAGUGAUGCAUGAACUUUA